UAGUACUGACGAAGCUAGUGCUUUCGUAGGAGGCGGUUUGGAUGUUUUUACAGAAUUGCUUCUAUUGAGCGGUAUAAGAAGUUUAAGAUAAAACUAAUGGCAUGGCAGGGAGGUCCCUGGUCACAAGCUGAUUAACAGAGGACUGUGAAGGCUAAAUAAAUCCGAAAGAACCCAUAAUCUUCAUUUGAUGGAUUGAACGGAGAGAAUAAGCCAGAAAGCGCAGUUCCAGGCAUCCUUCCUAAAGCAGCUGAAGUGGAUCCAUGCUGGAUGUUCUAAAGUCUAAAUUUCUGAAAUAUAUUUUAUAAGCAACAGAAGAAGAAUCCCAAGUGGAGCAAGGAUGUCUGAAAUGAUGAAGGUUGAAGCAAAUGAAACUGGAGCGUUCAGCUUGGAGCCUCCCAUACCUGCAGCAUCCGCAUCAGAACUGGAGGAGGAAACGCAAGACAACAAAGAUCUCAUGUUACAUGAAGGCAAUCAGCAGCAAAUUGUAAUCAAAGAAGAGGUUUCCUGGAACACUAAUUUGGACCAAUGCAGUUCAGAGCCUGCUCAGAUAAAAGAGGAAACGGAGGAACUCAGGAUCAGUCAGGGGGGACAGCAGCUUAAUGAGGAACUGGAGACAAAUAUGAAUGAAUUCCCCCUUAUGGUGGUUACUGUGAAAAGUGAAGAUGAAGAAGAAAAAGCUCAGUUCUCAGAGCUUCUUUUGGUCAAAACUGAAGAGAGCAGAGAACCAGAACUUCCGACCAGAAGGUCAACCGAACAGAUAAAACCAGAACGUGAUGAAGAGGACUGUGGAGGAUCAGAACCCUCAACAGACCCAGAUCAACCUGGUCAUGUGCAGCCAAAGAUGGAUGAAAAGGCUUUAGACUCAUCCAACUCUACUAAAACUGAAGCCAGUGAUGAUGAGUAUUGGCAGAAAUCUUCUGAUUCUGAACUUGAAACUGAAGAUGGAGACUAUAAUCCAUGUGCACCAGUGUCAGGGGGAAAAUAUGGUGCAGGAGGGAACUCUGUGAAAAUCACCUUCAUCUGUUCUGUGUGCAAUAAGCAGUUUGAUUCAAAGUUCAAUCUCAAAACACAUUUACGAGUGCAUACAGGGGAGAAACCAUACGGCUGUGACGACUGUGGGAAACGAUUUACCCAGAAUGCAAAUCUCCUGAGGCACAGGCUCGUGCACACAGGCGAGAAGCCAUUUGUCUGUGAUAUUUGUGGUAAAAAAUUUAGUCAGAGUUCAGCACUCAAAACACACAUGACUGUCCACACAGGAGAGAAGCGACUUAGCUGCUAUGUUUGUGGUAAAAGACUCGCAACAACCUCAAAUCUUAGAGCACAUCUGAGUGUCCAUACCGGAGACAAACCAUUCAGCUGUGAUGUGUGCGGAAAAAGAUUUAACAAAAGAGCAAAUCUCCGGGCACAUAUAACACUACACACAGGAAAGAAACCAUUUAGCUGUCAUAUUUGUGAUAAAAAAUUUACUCAAAGCUCUAUUCUUAGGAGACACAUGGAUGUCCACACAGGAGAAAGACCAUACAACUGUGAAGUGUGUGGUCAAAGAUUUACUAUGACUGAAAAUCUUGAGGAGCAUAUGAAAUCUCACAUCAAACCAACUGACUGUGAAGUUUGUGGUAAAAUCUUUACUAAAUCUGCAAAUCUUCUGGCACACAUGAGCACCCACACUGGAGAGAAACCGUUUGCUUGCGAUAUUUGUGGUAAAAGAUUUACCCAGAAUUCAACUCUGAGGAGGCAUAUGAAUGUCCACACAGGAGAGAAGCUGUUUAGCUGCAGUGUUUGUGGUAAAAGGUUUACCCAGAACUCAACUCUCAGUCGACACAUGAGUGUCCACCCGGGGGAAAAGCAGUUUGGCUGUGAUGCUUGUGGUCAAAGAUUUGGUACAACAGCAGAUCUUAGAGCACACAUGAGUUCCCACGAAGGAGAAAAACCCUAUAGCUGCAAUAAUUGUGGCAAAAGAUUUGUUCGAAUCUCAAACAUGAAGAAACACACGUGCAUCCAAUUAGAGAAAUCAUCACGUUCCUGACCAGCAUGUUUAGAGUGCGUUGUUGGGCUUUUAUUAGAAUGUAGUCAUAUUUCUCAUUCUGAGCCAUAUGACCUAAUAACAAAAAAAAAUCACAUUAUCAAUUUAUUUCAAGUGAGAUGGAGUUCUGCAUUGAAAUAGAUGAACAAAACCGCCCAGGGCUCUUUACCUUUCCUUUUAUUAAAACUGACAGUACUCUGGAUUUAAAUUUUAACCAAGAAUGUUUCAAUAGGUAUACAAAAAAUAUACUUGGAAACUUUUAAUGUCAUAAAAAUGCUGGACUGUAUGCGCUGAAUUUGUUGCACAGAGAGCAGUUAGACGUUUAAGAUAAAAUUUUCUAAGAAAAUGUAUCUACAGUUGCGAUUGGAAAUAUUUAACCAUCUCAACUCAAAGGCCUGUGACUAUUAACCAACAAGAAAUACGUGUUGGCGCAUAUAGAUUUUACUCAUUUGACUUGACCAUGUGUUGUAUAAGUUGAACACUUGUUUUUGCAGACCGGUCAAUAAUCAGUUCACUCUACCCAACGGAGUUCACAUCCAAACAUGUUAGAUUAAUAACAGGUGGGGAUGGGCUAGGAGGUUUCUGCUCACAAACUUCUAAUUAUUUAUCUUAGAGUGAUUUUUGCAACACACAUUGAUGCCUUUCUUUGUGAGGUUUCUAUGAACGUCACAACUGAAGUUGAUGAAGGAUCAUUAGAUUUUCCUCUAUUUUCCAAUACAAACACUCUAAGCUUUAGGUUUUCUGUUAAAUGUGAAACAGCAAACUUAAUUAAAUUUACACCCAAAUACAAUAUUGUUUAUUUCCUGUGUUAUAUUGAUGAAACACUCAGCUAAUAAAAAUGCUAUCCAAAGAAACAAUGACAGAUCCUUCAAAUCUUUCUGGGUUCUUCUGUAUUUGUGAUUGCAUUUGUGAAUUUGUCGGUACCUUGCAGAUUUGUGCUACCAAAACGUCGUCUGCAGCAUUCUUCUUGAUCACAGGAACAAUAUUUCUUUUAAUCCCUUGCUCUUCUUCAUGCUUUCGUAAUGCUGCCCUAAAACUCCAUAAAUUCAACAAUUCUAUAAAUAUUUUUCUUGAACAUUUCUAGCAAGAAAGCAUCAGAACCAUUGCUGUGGUGCACCUUAUCUUUGAACUGACUUACUGUUGAGCCUGGAUCCGUUGAACUUGUGUCAUUGUAGACUCCAGUGGAGUUAAAUUAAAUGUACAUCUUGACUGAAUUACUCCUGACCUUUAGUGUGUAUUUAAUCUAUGGAUUACCAAGCAGUUUCUUCACAUUCAGAUCAGUAGGACUCCCAUGUUUUUUUCUGUGGGUUUUUAAUUUUCCCUUUGUCUUUCCUCUUGGAAAGAGGAAAAGGAGCUAAAUAAAAGGUCAGUUUCAAUUUCAGCCUGACUUAACUUCAGACACUGGAAAAAAAAUGUAUCUGUCUUUUUAUUCGGUGUAUAUAUGGUUUUGACUGCAUACACAAACAUUUGUUUGACUCAACAUUAUAGUUAAAGGAUGACACUAAAGUGCGAACAUUGAGAAGUAAAGCAAAUAGGUGUUUUCCUACUAAAAGUCCUAGAGACUUUAAAUGAUGUGGGAGCCUUGUCUGGAUCUAGCAGAAUAAAUAGAAAAACAUCAGUGGAAAGGAAGACGUCUAGAAAACCCCUUCAGUUACUGGAAUGAAUGAUGGUUGGACUUUAAUAAAUUAUAUAUUAGCAGAACAUGGAGGUUUUUGUUUGCAAAAAAGGGUAUCUGCAAGUGGAAACUAUUUUUUUCUCUCUGCCUUAUUAGAAAAAUGAACUGCACAAGUACACAAAAGCUAUGCAAUGUAAAUGAACUCGUUUUUAAUGUUAGACCUAGUGUUUAAUGUAAAAAGCCUUUCCGUGGUUUCAAGCUGUUUAUGUCAUAAUUGGAGAAAAUAGACAUUUUUAUAAGCACCUCUGAUCGAUAAAUAAAGGUUUGUUCCUUUCUGAGACUGGUUGCAACCCACCCUGUGUACCCUUCAUCCCUCAACGUCCACAUCGGCUACCAGCGAGCAAGAGACUUCCGCUCUAACUCCAAAUACACCCAGGAUACAUUUGACCACAUCCCUGUACCUGGAACCCCACAGCACCCAGGGAGUGGGUCUAAAGAGCACCAGAAGAUCUGAGGUACAGACUCGCUGCAGUGGACUACUGGACAUCCUACUGUGAUGCUAACUUGUUUCCUGCAAGAAACUACAGAAUUGACUCUGACAGAUGACUUUGAAAAUAAAAUUUGAUAUCGCCUCUGUAUUUCUCUUGCUCUGUUCUGUGAAAUUUAAGCACAGAUAUAAAGACUUGAAUUGAUGAA